AUGGGCUAUCUAAAACAAAUUGACAUUGAAAACUUCAAGUCAUGGCGAGGGAAGAAAGUUAUCGGUCCUUUUAUGCGAUUUAAUUGUAUAAUCGGGACAAACGGCUCUGGUAAAUCCAAUGUGAUGGACGCCAUAAGUUUCGCCAUGGGGGAGCGGGCUACCUGUCUCCGGGUGAAGCACCUCCGGGAGCUGAUACACGGAGCCCACAUCGGGAGGCCUGUGACCGACACAGCCAGAGUCUCCAUGCGGUACUGCGACGAAGAGGACAAGGAGACCGUGUUCUGCAGGAGUAUUGUCGGGGACUCGUCUGAGUAUCGCAUCAAUGGUGUACAUGUCUCUCUGGCCAAAUACUUGGAGGCGCUGGAGAAAAUCGGCAUUGUGACCAAAGCUCGAAACUGUUUGGUGUUCCAGGGGGCAGUGGAGUCCAUCGCUCUGAAGGACCCAAAGGAGAGGACCAAGAUGUUCGAGUGCAUCAGUCAUUCUAAAGAGUAUGCUGCAGAGUAUGAACAGAAGAAAGAGGCGCUGAUGAAGGCCAGAGAGGACACUCAGUUUCACUUUAACAAGAAGAAAUCUGCUACUGUGGAGAGAAAACAGAUGUCGCUGGAAAGAAUAGAGGCUAAAAGAUACCAGGCACUGGUAGACGAGAUUGACCAGAACCAGCUGCAGCUGAGCCUGGCGGAGCUCUAUCACAACUUGCAAGGAGUCCGCACCUUCAGCGACACCCUGACGGAGAAACAGCAGUUGGCAGCCGCUCAGAGCAAUAAACUGCUGAAUGCCGAGCAGAAGUUCAAAACCUUAAAGAAGGAACAUGGACGCCUCAGCAGGGAGCAGCAGCAGAUGGACAAGGAGAUCCACGCCCAGGAGCAUACCCUGUCCCAGUGUCGAGCUCACUACAUCAAAGCCCAGGUUAACACCUCCCAUCACAUGAAGAAGGCCAUGGAUCUCCACGCUGCUCUGAGGAAGAUUCAGAAACUGAUUGCUAUCAAAGAGCAGGAGCUGGCAGAGGGACAGGAGGAGAUCUGUGAGCUGGAGCGCACCUGGAGGAACUACGAGAAGCAAACCCAGGAGAAAGCAGCCGCCCUGAGGAAAAUCAUCGAGCUGGACGAGGAUCAGUUUGAGCGAUACAAAGAGCUGAAGGGGCUCACCCGCAAGCAGGGAGCUGUCUUUACCCAGAAGGCGGAGAAGCUGCACUGGGAGGUCAGAGCGGAACGGGAGAAGAUGGCGUUCGACCAGCGCAGGAAGAAGGAAGUGGAGGCUUCCAUCAGGAGCAACCAGACUCAGCUGGAGGAUCUCACACGCAGAGCAGAGAAGCUCGAAGCAUACUCCACGUCCUGCACGUCAUCCCUGGAAGAGUUCCGUCAGCUGGAGGAGAGUAUGAGCGCGGAGCUGCAGCGAGGCCGGCAGCGUAGCAUGGAGGUGAACCAGGAGCUGGGUAAGGUGCUGGAGGAGCUGGGGAACGCCCGCCUUGACAGCCAGGAGAGCCGGAGAAUGCUGCGACGCAAAGAGAUGCUGGACAGGCUGCGCAGACUCUACCCUGAGACUGUGUUUGGUCGUCUGUCUGACCUGUGCAGCCCGACUCAUAAGAAGUACCAGCUGGCCGUCAUCAAGGUGUUUGGACACUUCAUGAACGCCAUCGUAGUGGCUACAGAGAAAGUGGCCCAAGACUGCAUCUUUUUCAUUAAGGAGGAGCGAGCUGAACGUGAGACCUUCCUGCCCCUCGACUACUUGGAUGUGAAUCCCCUGAAUGAGCGGCUGAGGGAGGUUCCCGGGGCGAAGUUGGUGGUAGACGUUGUUCAGAUUAGCAACUCUAUAGGUGCCGCCCAACUGAAGAAGGUGGUGCAGUUUGUCUGUGGCAACGCGUUGGUGUGUGACACAAUCAAAGAAGCAAAGAGUGUGGCCUUCGGCGGGAGGGAGCGCCUCAAGACGGUAGCUCUGGACGGGACGUUGUUUUCAAAAUCAGGCACGAUCUCCGGAGGCUCCAGUUACCUGCGGACCAAAGCUCGUAUUUGGGACGAGGAGGACAUGCUGCAGCUGAAGGAACGCAAAUACCAGCUGACAGCAGAGAUGCGCGAUUUGAUGAAGCUAAGGCGGAAGGAGUCAGUGCUGAAGGAGGUCAUUGCUCAGGCUCAGGGCUGUCAGACUCGCCUGAAAUACUCCAAAACGGAGCUGGAUAACAUUAGGAAGAAAGACAUCCUUAGAUGGCAAGCGGAGAUUUCUCGUAUGGAGAGUGAGUUAGCAAACCUGGACUCUCAGAUCCAGAUGCAGCUGGCGAGCGUGGAGGCAAAGGCUGCAGGGAUGGUGAUGCUCAGAGAGCGGGUCGACCAGAUGGAGGACCAUCUGUUUUCUGACUUCUGUGCUGAGAUUGGAAUAGACAGCAUCAGACAGUACGAGCAGGAGAACCUGAAAUAUCAGACCGAGCUCGACAAGAAACGCCUGGAGUUUGAGAGUCAGUGGACUCGCCUGAACGCACAGCUGGAGUACCAACGAGAACUACUGAAGCAGCAGAAGAACAAGUACCGCAAAAUAGAGGAAGCCAUUGACAAGGAGGAGAGAACCAUGGCCGAGCAGAAGAAGGAGAUGGAGAGGCUGCUGGUUGCGGUGGAAGAGAGUCAGAGCAAACAUCUGGAGCUGAAGAACCAGCUGCUGGCCAAGAAGGGCCAGAUAGCCGCUGCCAAGGCUGAGCUGGACCAGAAAAGCCAGAGCCUCCAAGGGAUCAACAAGGAGUUGGUGAAGCUCCAGCGGGAGGUGAUGUCUGCAGAGGCGGCCUUGGAGCAGAAGCGUUUGUUCAGACACAACAUGCUGCUCGGCUGCAAGAUCCAGGGUCUGGCCCUCGUCAUGCUGUCAGGGAACCUCAACGACAUCAGCGGGAUGCAGCUGGACACAGAAACUGAAAGCACUUCCACCAUGAACACCAUGAGCGUCUAUGAGAGAGAGGCACAGAUGAUCAUCGACUACUCUGACCUGGACGCAGAUUUUAGGAGUCUGCAGACGGAGGAGGAGGUGGAGGCGUACAUGGGGAUGCUGAAGGAGUCCAUCGCCACUUUAGAGGGAGUUCUGCAGCGGACCACUGCCCCCAACCUCAAAGCCCUGGAUAAGAUGAGGGAGGUGAAAGACAAGCUGCAAGGAGUGACAAACGCAUUUGAAGCCAGCACAAGAGCAGCCAGAAAAUGCAGCCAGGAGUUUGAGCAAGUAAAAGCGAAGCGCCUGCAGCUCUUCACGCAGUGCUUCGAACACGUGUCUGUCGUCAUCGAUCAGAUCUAUAAAAGAAUCUGCAGGAACAACAGCGCCCAGGCCAUUCUGACUGCAGAGACUCCUGACGAGCCGUACCUCGGCGGCAUCAACUACAACUGCGUGGCUCCGGGGAAACGCUUCAUGUCCAUGGACAACCUGUCGGGUGGAGAAAAGGCCAUCGCCGCUCUCGCUCUCGUGUUCGCCAUCCACAGUUUCCGCCCCGCUCCGUUCUUCAUCUUGGACGAGGUGGAUGCAGCGCUGGACAAUACGAACAUCGGCAAGGUGACGAGUUUCAUCAGAGAGGAAUCCAGAGAGACCUUGCAGAUCAUCGUCAUCUCCCUGAAGGAGGAGUUCUUCUCCAAGUCUGACGCUUUGCUGGGAGUCUAUUCAGAUUUUGAUGAAUGCAUGUUCAGCCACAUUCUGUCCCUGGACCUGCGGCCCUACCCUCUGGUUGAAGAUGAAAAUGGGGAGGUAGAAGAACCUGCAUGAAGCGCUUGCAUGUUAGUCUAUUACCAUUUUGCUUUCUCAACUUUUGUUAUCUUCAUGUUAUCUUCUAAAUCCAAUGAGGAUUUCUAUGUUCAAUAUUAGCUGGUUUUACAAGAUUGAAUUUACAAAAAAUAAGUUUGUUAGAGUCGUUGAGUUGUUCCAUGUUUAUAUAAAACAAAUCUUACACUCGUUGUCAAUAACAAGUCAGAAAACAAAUUACAACAUUCAAAUGGUUAAAUGGCAAAAACACCAGCUUUAAAAGAUACGUAUUUUCAUGUUCAAAAAAAUGUUGUGGCUGUUGUUUAUACAUCCAGGAAGUUUUGUUAUUCCACUGUAUCUUAUUGUUGGCACUAAGGCCUUUGUUUUAUGCAUGUUCAUUUUAAAUGUUUUAUAUUCCAGUUGU